CAACGGUCAUAUUUCUCCGACACACCCCAACGGUCAUAUCGCCCGAUCACCCUCAGCCGUCGGAUCUCCAUCCUACGGCCGCAAAACCCACCUCCCAAAGACUUCUCAAAACAAAACCCCCUCCUUUUUCACGGCCACCCAUCAUCAUUAUCAUUUCGUUUCGAAGCCAACGUAAAAUCAGAUUCAGAGCUGCAAUGGCAGUAGCAGCAGUAGUAGUAGUAUAGUUACAGAGCCUGGGUUUUAUAAAAAAACAGUUUCCAUUUGGAGAAUGGCUUUUUGGGUAGUGGGUUUAUGAUUAGUUUUCACUUCCGUUGAUGAUCGCUUGGAGAGGGAUUGGUGGAUUAAUCGUCGUCGUCGUCGUCGUCAGCUGUGAUGGUGAAUAUGGGCCAUUUAACUCUUCAAAAUUUGAGCUGUUUCGAUUUGGCUUUUGGAGUCCAAAUUCCAAUCACGUCAAGUGAGUUUUGUCCAAUGAUCUGUCUUUGAAAACUCUGGAAUCCGAUGAUCGUUUCCUGGUAGGUUUCAGUAUUUUGUUUCCAUUCUUUGAUUCUUUUCUUAGGUGGGGGUGGGUAUUGUUUGAAGUUUGAAUCUGUUCUUGAUCUUUGCAUAUAGGUCAUUCAUUUGUAGUAUAUACACACACACACAUACAAAAUCUUUUAUUCUUUUCACUUUCUUCUUCCGCCCAAAAUUUCAUCGGAUUCCUGAGGCUUAAUUUGUUUCUUCUUGAUGUGUUGAAACUUCACUCACACUCACUUAGUCACUGUUUCUCUGGGUGUCUCUUUGAUGCAUUAGACGAAAAAUUGAAUCAGAAUUCAAGGGGAUAGUCAUAGAUUAAUCAAUCGUACAUAGCAGCAGAAUUUAUAUAUAUAAAUAUAUAAAGAGGAAAAUAGAGAGAAACAUAGAGAAGAAAAGGGUGGGUGAGUUGGAGUUGAACAAAAGACAGAGAGAAAGGUGGAAAGGCAUAGAGAAUGUUGGCUGGGUGCUCUUCCACAUUGUUGUCUCCUAGGCAUAGAUUGAGAAGUGAAGCAUCUGCACAGUACCACCAGGUUUGCCAUUUCCCUUCAAUGAGCGCACAGAGACUAGACUUGCCAUGUGGGUUCCCCAGGAAAGACACCUCCAGGUCACAGUCCAUUAGGCCUGUGGGGCUUUCGGUGGAGAAGCCGCUUGAGUCAAAGACCAGCAGCUGUUCUCUUAAGCAGAACAUUAGGCUCCCACCUUCUGCAACCACUGCCAAAGAUGAGCUCUGGGAGACGGGGAAGAGCUUGAAGAAGAGGUUUGCUGAGCAGGGUUCUUUUGAUGAUGAUGAUGAGUCCUGCAUCAAUAGGGCUAAGAGGAAAAGGGGCAGUAGCAGAUCGGAUGAUUGCAAUGAGGGUGGUGAGGAUCUGAGUUUAGGCCAAUUGAGUAGUGGGAAUUUUUGGUAUCAGCCAAGUUUAGAGGUGCCUAGGUCCAUUCCGUUGAUCACUGGCCCUUUCACUGUCUCAUGUUCAGGGGAGGAAGACAGGGUUUGCUUUGUGCCUAGUGAUGUGAUUUCCCCGCCUUUGCCGCCUCUAUCGAAUGCCCCCUGGGUGAAUUCCAUUGUGACAGAGAUAACAGAAUUAGGCGACAAGAAUGUCGAGACGAGCCAUAGGCCGGGGCAGGAGGCAUCAGGAUCAAGUGCUUCGUCUGAGAGCCAUAGCCAUAGCUUGAGCCUUAAGCUGAAUGACAACCCUUCGGGACAUGAUAUAGGCAAUGGUUCUGGACUGCCUAACCCGAACGAAGGCGCAGAGGUGGUCGCACCAGGCGACAAUGGUAACCGCGGGGAAGACGAUGGAUUUGAGCUCAUUAGCCUACUCAUGGCCUGUGUUGAGGCAAUUGGCUGCAAGAACAUUACAGGGAUAAACCAUUUUAUAGCUAAAUUGGGGGAGCUUGCCUCCCCAAGGGGAUCUUCCAUAAGCCGGCUUACUGCUUACUUCACUGAGGCUUUGGCCUUGAGAGUGACUAGGCUUUGGCCUCAUGUCUUUCACAUCACAAUCCCCAGGGAGCUCGACCGGGCAGAUGAUGACGGUGGCACUGCACUGAGGCUUCUGAACCAGGUCAGCCCUAUUCCCAAAUUCAUCCAUUUCACUUCAAAUGAAAUUCUGCUUAGAGCUUUUGAAGGGAAGGACAGGGUUCACAUCAUAGACUUUGACAUCAAGCAAGGCCUUCAAUGGCCUAGCUUGUUCCAGAGUUUGGCCUCUAGGGCUAAUCCUCCUAGCCAUGUUAGGAUCACUGGCAUAGGUGAGUCCAAGCAGGAGCUAAUCGAAACAGGGGACCGACUGGCUGGAUUUGCCCAGGCGUUGAACCUGCCCUUCGAGUUCCAUCCAGUUGUCGACAGGUUGGAAGAUGUGAGGCUGUGGAUGCUUCAUGUCAAGGACAACGAAACCGUGGCCGUCAACUGCAUCUUCCAGCUGCACAAGAUGCUGUACGACAGCAGUGGAGGCGCGCUCAGGGACUUUUUGGGGCUAAUUCGGAGCACAAAUCCCAGUGUGCUUGUGAUGGCAGAGCAAGAAGCCGAGCACGGGGAUGUCAGCUUGGAAGCGAGGCUUUCGAAUUCAUUGAAGUACUAUUCGGCCAUCUUUGACUGCAUCGAUCACAGCAGCCUGGCGGGGGACAGCCCAGUGAGGAUGAAGAUCGAGGAGAUGUUCGCGCGGGAGGUGAGGAACAUUGUGGCCUGUGAGGGGAGUGACAGGGUGGAGAGGCAUGAAAGGUUUGGCAAAUGGAGGAAGAUGAUGAUGGAGCAAGGAGGGUUGAGAUGUUUGGGAAUUACAGAGAGGGAAAUGCUUCAGGGAAGAAUGCUGUUGAAGAUGUACUCUUGUGAGAACUAUUACAGUGUGGACAAGCUACCAUUAGGAGAAGAAGAUGCAGCAGCAGCAGCAGCAAUAACACUGAACUGGUUGGAUCAGCCUCUUUACACAGUCUCAGCCUGGGCACCUGUUGAUUUACCAGGCAGCUCUUCUGCAUCACACCCUCAGCACCCAAGUUGAUUGCUUCGUCUUCUUCUUCUUCAUUCAUUUCUUCUUCUUCUUCUUCUUCUUCUUCUUCUUCUUCUUCUUGCAUACAACAGGAAAGGAUACCAAAUUCUUUGUAGGUAGAGAGAAAUCAAAUGGUUCAUCAGCAUUAUUCAUUCUUUCAUUCUUUUGUUGCAGAUAAGAAGAGAUAUUAUUGUGCUUAGGAUUAUUAUUCAUUUUAGUUGUAGUUUUGUUGGAGUCUCAUCUGUUCUUGUUCUUGUUCUUGUUGUGUCCAUUCUCAUUCUUUGAUUCUUUAUUAUGUAUUUGCUUCAUUUCUUUCUCACUUAGUCGUCAGUUCAUUGUUUCUUCUUUUUGUUCAUGGAAUCAUUGUAUCAUUCUGAACCCAUGGGGAUGAAAUUUAUUUCAACAUAUA